CGCUCAAAAUGUCGGACAACGAGGAAAGCCCGCCUUCCAAGAAACAUCGGGCAUGUGUUAGUAACUUCGAUAUUACCCGAUCAGAAGGCUCUGGUGAAGAUGUUGAUGACAUAUCCAGCACUGCCAGUACCACACUAGACGAUGGAUCCCGUAGUGACACACCCACCCAACCCAGGCGAUAUGGCCGAGGCAGAAACAAGAACAAAAAGAGUAAACUGCAGUUCAAAUGCACAAAUAACCUGAAGGAAGACCACCAGCAACCGAUAUUUGGUAUUCAGAUUAACCAGAAUCAGAGACCAGGAGAUCCUGUUUUGUUUGCCACUGUGGGCAGCAAUAGAGUCACAGUGUACAGAUGUUUGGAGAAUGGUAGGAUAAAGUUACUACAGGCUUAUGUAGACCCUUCUACAGAUGAGAGUUUCUACACGUGUGCGUGGACAUAUGAUGUGGUGACAGGGAUGCCUGUGCUUCUGGCAGCGGGGGCCCGGGGCAUCAUCAGAGUGGUUAACCCUGUCACUAUGCACUGCUGUAUGCAUUUCGUUGGACAUGGUAAUGCCGUCAAUGAACUGAAGAUCCACCCACGAGAUCCAAAUAUGGUGUUGUCAGUCAGUAAAGACCAUACUCUAAGAAUGUGGAACUUGAAAACAUCGGUGUGCGUGGCUAUUUUUGGAGGUGUGGAGGGUCAUAGAGAUGAAGUCCUUAGUGCAGACUUCAACAUAGAAGGAACACGUAUUGUAUCAUGUGGGAUGGAUCACUCCCUCAAACUGUGGAAGUGCAACAAGCCAGAGGUGAUUAAAGCCAUGGAGAUGUCCUAUGUGUACAAGGUCUCCAACAGCACCAGAGCUUACCCCACCCUGGAGCAGCAUUACCCUGAUUUUUCCACAAGGGAUAUUCAUAGGAAUUAUGUAGACUGUGUCCGCUGGCUUGGUAACUUCCUGCUCUCAAAGUCAUGUGAGAACUGUAUAGUUUGCUGGAAGCCAGGCCGUCUCAACCAGCAGGAUGUGAAGAUCUCAGACAACGAAGUCACCAUAUUACACAGAUUUGACUACAAGGAGUGUGACAUCUGGUACAUGAGGUUCUCACUUGACUAUUGGCAGAAGGUGAUGGCACUUGGGAACCAGGUGGGCCGAGUGUAUGUUUGGGACAUUGAUGAUGAUGACCCUACCCAAUACACGUGUACAGUGUUACAUCAUCAGAAAUGUGCCUCAGCUGUCCGGCAGACGUCUUUCUCUCGAGACGGAAAGCUCCUCCUGUGUGUGUGUGAUGACGGGUCUAUAUGGAGAUGGGACCGUGUUAAAUGAUAGCCAGCUUGUUUAGUUCAUUAUGUAUAGAGUCACAUCAUCUAUUUAUGGCAACCAGAGGAUGCUGCUAAACUCAUAAAAAACUUUUGUACGUUAGCUCACCUGUAUUGGUAGCUUGUGUCAUGCUCUGAGUGAAGGCACCCAAGAACAUUUAAUGAGGCAGUGUUGAAGUAAACGUUAGAUCGUAUCUCAGAAAGUACUGUAUGUGUUGAACUCAGAUUUUGCACAUUGGUGAUGAGCAGGAACACAAGGGAAUGUUUCAGUGUUGAUGCUCUGUGCUCUGGGUAUUGAAAUUAAGGGUAAGGUUGGUAUCUCAGAAAGUACUGCAUGUAUUGAGCUCAGAUUUUGCAUAUAUAUAUAAAGCACAAUAACUCAAGGGAUAUAUUCCAUCCGUGAUGGUCAGCAUUUGUGUUAAUUACUAUGAAUUACAAAUAGCUUAACCUUCACGUCUCUUUGUAUUAGAAUCCAUGAUAAGGUAAAUGUUUAAGUACCUUACAAAUUGAGCUGAAGUUUUGUGUUCAUGUGAAAACAAUAUCAGAUUCUAUAUUUUUUUUUCUGUCAUGACUUUGUGUAAAUGGGGUUCUCCAAACCAUCUGCUGUAACAAGGGAAGUAAAUCUUUCAAGUAUUCCAUGGGAAAACUAUGACAUACUUGAGUAUUCAUAAAAAAAAAAACAUGGAAUGCUGUGUUCAGUUAGAGACAGAUUUGAAAAGCUUUACUGUUCCAUGGCUUUCAGAUAGUCUGUAUUUGCCUUAAAAAUUCUUCCAAAAGUGCAUCUUUAGAGGAAAGAUAAAGGUAACGAAAGGAAAGACAAAGGUCAUGAAAGAUUACCUUUGGUGCUGAAAUUUAAAUUUGUCUAGUAGGAUAUCAUCCUACCUUCCUCAAACCACACCUGAAAAUGCCUUCCUAAGAUCUAUAGAACUCAGAGUCAGGCAAAAUGGGUAACUUAAUGAUGGAGAAAAUUGUAGAUCAUGUACAGUAUUUUCUAUUACAUUGUGCUAAACUUGAAUUGACACUGCCAGUUACAUGGGCUAAAGCAUGAAACUGCAUUCCUGUACACUGGGAAAUUAGAACUGCUAUGUUUGUGUUUGGCCACAUAUGUUUCAUGAUCGCAAAAGUGAAUCUCAGGAGGUGGAAAUGAGUAUUUUACUGUCCCAAGUGAAUGUUCACUCAGAACUGCAUGAAGGUAAUUGAAGUUGAGAAUGGAUGACUUUGAAAAUGAUGCUUAAGUGUUCUCUGAUUAAUUCAGUGGGAUGCCUGUACCCUUUACCUAUCUUGCUUAUUUCUUAUGUCUCCCAUUUUGUUUUGUUUUCUCAGAGAAAACAACAAGAUGCCGGCGUGGUUGAACCAAUUUUCUUAGUUUCUUUUGUCUACAAUGUUGUUUCAUGGAAGUCCUUAACAAAUGACGUUUUCCCCAGUUGAAGAUUUUGCAUGGAGCCUGACUAACGCCAUGCACAAAACCUGCCCUUGAUUUUCUAUUAUCUGACAAAUACUGUUAAAAUCAAGUUACUUGUUCUGUGUGACAUGCCACAAGCUCACUGUAAGCAAGGUUCUAGCAAGCAUCUAGCAUUUUAAUGUCCUCAGUAUUGUGAUGGUUCUUAUUAAUCUUUUUGGUUAUAUUGCUCUGUUCCAUGGAUAUUGCUCUGUUCCAUGGAUAUUGCUCUGUUCCAUGGAUAUUGGAACAAAGCAUUUGGAACACUGUUUCAGCCUUCAAUGAUUGAUCAUUCCACAUGCAAAACACUAGCAAGCUAGCGGCUCACUGCUGGCUGAAGUGUUGAGAGUUUUUAGCUUUCUUUACAGUGGGUAUAUAACUACAUGUACCAAAAUCCCAUAACCCUUUCAUAUAAAGAAGGGAAUAUAACUAUCACAUGCCAAAUGGUUUGGCUCAUUUUGGUUUCUUGUGUCUCCCACUACCCAGUGAUAAACAGACACACUAUGGUUUCUAUUUAAACUGUAAACUGAUAUGGAUUCUAAAAACUAUUUGUAAGUC